AUGAGUGGGAUAGAUAUCUUUGGUGAUGAUAGUAGUGUGGAGUGCAAUGGCACUGAGCUUCAGGUUACUCAGAGCGAAGCAAUUGAGUCAACGACUGAUGCCGAUGGUUAUUUUGUUGGUCGGAGUGGUGAGGCUGUAGGGGGGUAUACCAUAGUAUGUCGAAUAGGACAGGGGACAUUUGGGAGUGUGUAUGAAGUGGACAAAAAAGGUGAGCGAUAUGCGAUGAAGAUUGUACGCAACAAUGAGAGCAUGGUGAAGGCGUGCCAACGCGAGGCUGAGGUAGUAAAGGAAGUCGAGAAGGAAGGGCGUGAGUAUGUUGUGAUGUUGUUGAGUGAGUUCAAGUACAAGGAGCAUUAUUGCCUUGUGACGGAGUUAAUGGAGAAGUCGUUGCGUGUGUUGAUGAACACCCGACACUGUGACUACACUGUCUGUGAGUUACAAAAACUCACCACCGAUGUAUUGAAAGCACUUGACAUGUUGCACCGUGUCUGUUCUGUAGUGCAUUGUGAUAUCAAGCCUGACAACAUCCUGAUAGUCAACAACACUGCAAAGCUUGGAGACUUCGGGAGUGCAGUUCGUCUCCAUGAGCGUGAACAGAGUGAUGAAAUUGGGAGUCGGUUCUAUCGAGCGCCCGAAGUGAUGGUGGGUAACAAAUUUGACACGAAAUAUGACAUGUGGAGUGUAGGUGUAAUGCUCUACGAAGUUGUUAUUGGGUGUGUUCCUUUCAGUGGUGACAGCAACAACGACAUGUUAUAUCACAUCAUCACGAUUAGAGGGCGCAUCCCACAAAAGAUGGUCCGCGAUGGGGUAUAUGCCAACAUUCACUUUGUCGACGAGAACACGUUUCUCCACAAUGAAAUCGAUCCGUUUGGGAAGUGUGUUAAUCGGCGCGUCAAGAAUGGGUGUGACGGAAAAAAACUGUUUCCAACACUUACACUUCGUGACUUUACACAGCUCAUCGACAAGCUGUUAAUAGUUGACCCACUCAAACGGGCGUCCGCACAAACUGCACUCGGUUUCGACUUCUGCACAAAGACUUAUGAACCGACUCUCGCAUUGUCUCAAUUCAAAAAGUGA